UUUAUUGAUUCAUCAACAUAACAACUAAAAACAUAAACACACAACAAACCACACUACACAUACACAAAUAUGUCAAAAACAAGGUCCUAAUAAUGCUAGACACAUAUAAAUUCGUCCAAUAUAUAGUGACACAUAUAAAUCCAUCCACCAACGACUACAGUGCGAGAUGAGAGCAGUGUUACCAAGACCAGCACCUAUGGUGAAUGGAUGAUGGCCAUGCCCCGUGGCAGAGGGGUAAGGAAUAGGAAGGAGGCUCUUGACAAGGCCGACGAGGGGAGGCAGGAUAACAUCACAACGGUGGUCUGUAAUCCAGCUACGGGCUCACGUUUUGAUGUGCUCAUGGAUGAAGAUGACAACACCAUGAAUGAUUCAAGCACGGGCCAUGUCGGGGCUCAACAAACUGAGGUAGAAAGGAAAGACAAAGGGAGUGCGGGAGAAUCGGGUACUGAAGGGGUUCCCAUCAAUCCGUCAGAGACACAAACUAAGACCGCCAAUCUUGUGGUGCAUCUAGCUGAACUGCCUGCGGGAGCUGAGCAAAGCACCGUGCUUCGUAGCAGGACAAAUGAUCAUAGGGAGGGCGGUGCAGCCCCGACUUUGAGCACAAAAGGCAAUUUAAAGAAAGGAGGGCAUCAACAUAAGGAGCCUAUGGAACGACGGAAUGAUGGAGACAAAAACAAGAAACAAAAUCAACCUUAAAAGAUGGUCAUUGCAUCGGAAAAGGAGUACCAAAGUGGGACGUCAAAGCCAAUCAGGGAUACUAAAAAUGGCGCGGGGAGCCUAUCCCCUUACGGUCAUAAAUGAAGCUAUUGAGC